UUGUAUCAAUUAUUAGCAUUUUAUUGUAAAACACCAUCAAGUUAGUGUAGUCAGCAGGUAGCAUACUCAUUUCCGAAAUGCUUUCGGAAGUAAGUAAAGUGAACAGCACUUUUAUCUCCGAGAAAGUGUCGCGCAUCCGCUGGAUUCCGGAACAGUACGAUGAGUCCAGUUCAUUCAUCACUACUAGCUGGGAUCUAGAUGUGAAUAACGUAAAGGUAUGGAAACUGUUUAGGAACGAUUAUGCCACUGAGGACGAAAACGAGUUCAUUCCUCGAUGUACGGCCGAAAUAUGCUUCGCCGGAGAUAUUAGUGGACUAGAGUUCGUCGACGAGCGUAAUGUGGUUGUAUCUAGCACGGAAGGAUACGUGAGCUUGAUCGCCCUGGAUCGAGAACGCGAAGAAGACAAUCUACAAGAACGGCACCGUUUCUCCAACCUGCAUAGGUUCGAUACGUUCAGCAGUAUGAACAGGGCCCCAUGUACAGCACUAUCCGUACAUGAUACGGAUGUUGCUUCGGUAGGAGAAGACGGACGGUUAAAUAUAUUGUCUACGGUGGGACAAAAGGUCCUCAGGACCGUUUCAAACGCUGACAGUUGUACUCUAAGUUGUGUUGCCUUUCUAAAUCCGAAAGAGGUUCUGACCGGAAAUAGGCUCGGCAUUAUUAAAUGCUUUGAUAUAAGAGCUGAAAGCGAUAAACCGACAGCAAGCUUUGCUAUUUCCUGCGAAGAGGAAAAACGAUCGAACUCAGUCACCUGCCUAACGUACCAUCCGACCCAACGUCACAUCAUUCUGGCUGGCAGUGAAGAAGGCUCGAUAACUGUUUGGGACCUUCGGCACAAGCAGUUUCCUGCUUCUUAUCUAAAAGCUCACGAGCAAGCCAUCACUGAACUAGCUUUCCACAAAACCGAACCUUCCCGGCUAUACUCCGCAUCUGAAGGUGGAGAACUUUGGCAGUGGAAUCAGAAUACUCUAUCAUCGACGGCUGCAGCUGGCGGAUUAUUAAAUGCUUCGUCAAUCACUGGCAAUGCAGGAUUAGAUUCAACGGAGACCAAUAAUCCUUGGUUGAACGGAGAACGUGCUAAGAAUAAAAUCAACGUCACGUCCCUGCUAAGUGGAAUUAGAAAAGCUAUCAAUUCAUUCGAUUCCUGCCGGUCGAAGGUGGUAUGCGGGGGAGAUAAUGAAGCUAUUUAUUUGGUGGAAAACUUGAAUUAA